CUGUAACAUUGGAUGUUAUGUAUUAUAACAUGCUUUUUGGCGACAUAUCAUACUCAUGCUUAAGGAUAAUCGCAGCUUUCUGGUUCCGGAGGAUGUGUCUGGGGAUAGUUACUUCGGUGUCGUCGCCCUAGGGUCCAAGGAAUUCCUGCUUCGAGUGGUAAACGUUCGUCCGCAACCUUCCACGGACGUGAUGAGUUUGGCACGGGCUGGGUUGGAAACUGACGCCGAGCUUAGCGAGUUGCUGCGUCCGUACCUGGCGGUGGUGACUCGGCGGCUGCAGAAAAGUCUGUCGAUUGACUCAUUUCUCAAGGAAUUACAUGACUUACUGGAAGGAAUCGUGCGGGGCCCAUCUUAUGCCUUUGUGGAGCCUCCCAAGCUCUCGUACUACGAGGCGUUGUUGCAGGACGUGGCCACCAUUGGUUGGGACCGUGUCUUGGAGGUCAACACCGACGACCACGGGCACUGGAACGGGCUGCAUGUUCAGUUGGUGGACUCGCAUGGCCGGAAACACGCCGUGUCCUUCCGCAUGGACGCCAGCUACCCGUCGUCCCCGCCCACCUGUGGCGUCGACGUGCCGGAGCCGAUGCCGCCGCUGCAAUGGUCGCCUCUCAAGCCGCCAUCCCUUCAACAUGCCAUCGACCAGGUUCAAGCGCACUUGGAAACGUUCCAGGACUUUUGGGAUGUGCUCGACGACAUUGACAAAAAGUGCUGCGUGUUAGAACCGGACCGGCCCACCCGCGGCUGCAAACGGCGGCGACUGGCCCUCCGUCCGUCCGUGUCGAUCCAAUUCGACGUGCCCGACCCCGUCCUCCCCCGAGCGCUCGUGGACGUGGUCUGGUUUGGGAACGACGCGGCGGUCACUCCGCUGCGGGAAACCCUGUACGCAAACCUGUCGAAAUGGAAGCCCGCCGACAAACUGCGCCGGAACCUCGAGCGCGUACUCGGCGUGCGCUUCCCGUCGCCCCGGACCGCCGCCAAGAACGAGUUUGCGCUGGAGUGCGGCAUCUGCUACGCCCACCGCCUCGACGACCGGAUUCCCGACCGCGUGUGCGACUCGGCCAACUGCGCGCGGUCGUUCCACGGGUCAUGCCUGUUGGAGUGGCUGCAGGCCAUCCCCACCUCGCGCAAGUCGUUUGGAACGGUCUUUGGGUCAUGCCCGUACUGCCGCGAGCCCAUUUCGGCCAAAGGUGUAUGAGGUCUUUUGCUUGGAAAAUAGGAACUAUAUGAAGGAAUCCGUGACAGUCGAUGUAGGAAUGCCCUGGAUGUCAAAAUAUAUUUGGAUUUGAAAUUUGGAGUAUUCAUCAAUAUUUUGCUGCCAAAUAUCGCGCGUUUUUUUUCGCCAAAAAGUAGAAAAGACGUUGUCAAGGGGCUUAAAGUUGGCAAGAACUGAGAAUGAUAGAUCUUCGUUCGAAAUCAGGUUGAUCCAGUCAG